AAUGUGGUGGUGUUUUUUUUUAACUGUUAAACGGUCAUUUUGAUGUCCUGUUAAAAAAUAUCAGGCGCUGUAUUAGUAAGCCUGAAGGGGUCGGUUCACAACUGCUCUCCAGCUUUUCUCCAGGGCUUGCUUUUUUUUCCCCCCCUUUGGAGCUCUCAGGUUUGCUUGGAGACAAAAUUGGCGAGGCAAGUUAUGGCAGAAAAGGUAAAGAAGGAAGCGGAAGAGGGAAAUUUGUACAAAACAGCAUCACUUGGUGAAGAGAAACUCAAAUCUGCUGGAGAUGAGGACGUAACCCUGGCUCAAUUGUCCUUUCAUCCCUCUAGUCCCAGGCCUAGGCCUCUUGCUAUUGCUUCCUCUUCUUCGGUUCAGGGCUUUGAGAAAACUGGAAAGCGUCUUAAGAUGAAGAGGAGACAUUCGGAUUCCAAAAUUAAGCACGCAAUGACAAGUCAUGCAGGGAAGUGUAUCUGUUGUAGGCAAAAUAAGCCCACAAUUGAUAGAUCAAGUACUCCUGGGGAACUUAAGUCACCUGCCAUGAUUCGAGCAGAGGAGGUUCAAUCUAAUUUGGAAUCAGCAUUCCCUAGCUUUGUGAAAUCUUUAGUUAGAUCGCAUGUUGGCAGUUGUUUCUGGAUGGGGCUUCCUGGACCAUUCUGUAGAGCACACUUGCCACGAGAGGACACAAUUAUCACCUUGGAAGAUGAAUGUGGGAAAGGAUUCAGGAUGAAGUACAUCGCAUAUAAGACAGGAUUGAGUGCUGGUUGGAGGCAGUUUUGUGUUGCACAUCAAUUGCUUGAGGGAGAUGUGCUGGUCUUUCAAUUAAUUGAACCCUGCAAGUUUAAGGUUUACAUCAUAAGGGCAAACGAUUUGACUGAAGUCGAUGGAGCUCUUGGUCUUCUAACUUUGGAUCCUCAAAUAAAACAAAAUGAUGCAGAAAUUGCCACAGUACCUUGUAAAAGUACAAAGAGGAAACGUCCAAGGUCACUUCCAUUGGCUAUUGUCCAAAAAAAACAGAAGAAAUCUGGCAGGUCAAGAAUAUCAGUUCCGAAAACAGCGCAAUUGGCUGAACAAUCUGAAAAUGACAGUGAAGAAGUUGGUUCAGAAGUUCUGGAAGGUUUCAAGUUAUCCUUGCCUGCUAUUCAAUUUGAAAAUGUCAAGGGCUUUGAGAAUUUCAACAUUCUCGUUGAUGGGCUAGUUCUAGAUUCUGAACUAUCAGAAGAUGUUCGGAGGAAGUACUAUGAUCUCUGCUGCAGUCAGAAUUCAUUUCUUCAUGAAAACCUUAUCAAGGGUAUCAACUUUAAGUUGAUUGCAGGAAUCAUUUCUGAAAUUGUUAAUAUCGCUGAUGGCAUAAGAGCUUGUAACCUUACCACCUCAAGGAAUGAAUUCAAUACUUGGGACAAGACAUUAAAAGCUUCCGAACAUUUUGGCAUGAAUGUUGGAUUUUUACGUGCCAGGCUGAGCCAGCUUGUAAGCCUUGCCUUUGAUUCAGAAGGUGCCACAAAUACUCGGAGGUAUAUAGAAGCUAGAAAUGAAAUAGUUCACACAGAAGAUGAGAUAAGAAAUCUUGAAGCAAAGCUUGUGGAAUUGAAGGCAGCCCAUGACAAGUUUGGUUCUGAUAUUGAGAGUCUCAAGUCAAAGGCCGAAAGCUAUGAGCUCCAGUUUCAGGAAGAGGUUCUUGCUCCAUGGUGAUAUAUCCUUCAACGGUAUGCCAUUAGUGUAUUCUGGUCUUUUGUUUGCCUUGAUCUCUUGUACUCGUAGUCUUACACUGGUACGUGAAAACAAGAAGGCAAAUCGGGAUUUGUGUUGACGAAAUGGGAUGAUUACUUGGGAAAAAUGACGCUUAUCAACACUGUAAAAACUGUCCUAACAUUUUAGUAUUCAAUAUGUAGACAUGCUGGAACAUUCUAGGACUUUAUUUAAGCGUGAAAAAAAAAAAUUGCUAACAUUCUUGAACAUUAUACUAAGCUGUAGCUUCGAGAGAAA